CUGACGCCCCCCGAGCCCGUUCCUCGACAGCCGCGCAGCUGAGUCACCGGGCCGCCCGGGCGGGGCCGUGCUCGGGCACGUGGCGGCGCUCCCGGCCCGCCGGCUCCUGACCUCUGGCCCGCCGCACCCCCGACCCCGGGGUGGAAGAGUCCGGGAGGGCGCGGCCGGAGCCGGGGACCGGGCGGGGGAGAGGACGAGCCUCCAGGUGCCCGCGUGUCCGGGCUGGGGCUGCGGCGGAGGUCCGGGCGCGGCCCCCCCAGAGCCGCCCCGCCGCGCCCAGACGCGCGCGGGGGCCACCCCUCCUCCCGCCAUUCGUUUUGCGCCCUGCUGAGGAACCUCAUUCACUGGUGGGCUGGGGCCGCGGCCCGAGGCGCCCGCGGUCGGCCGGGAAGGACUCCCGGCUGCCGAUCUGCACCCUGGGCGACAAGUGCUGGCCCGGCGCAAUCAGUGGGGAGCCGCGCCAAGUCUGAGGGCCCGUCUAAAUUCGGCUCCCUGCCCCCUCCCCCACCCCGUUGCUGGCCCGGGGCGGGGAGGGUGGGGGGAGGGGCCCAGAAGGGCGGCCAUGAGGACCCUGAGGGGUGAGACCCUCUCGCCUUCCGAGUGGGGGAUUCCAUUUGAGACCUCAGAGCUUGCCCGGGACCCCGGCCCCGCCUCCCGACUGAGGGCAGAGGCAGCCGGGCGCCUGCCAAGUGAGCUGAGCAUGUGUGGAUGUCAAUCCUGCAGCCCCUCUUCCAGGCCCCCUCCCCAGCCCUGCAGGGCUCAGGUUACCCCUGGCCUUUGCUGAAGGGCACUAGUCCCUCUUUAACCUUUGCCAAAGGGCAAUAUAAUCCUGGCGAAGGGAGAGACCCCCGAUCUGAAGGCCCUCCCCUGCCCCUCCCCAGAGCUGGAAUUAAAAGUAGGGGCUUUUAUUGGGGGACAGAGAGGAAGGAGGGGUAGUCGUUGACCUUUGGGAAGGGAGCAGGUGCCCAGGGCCAAAGGUUGCUGCUUUCGGCUGUAGUGGGCACUUGGCUGCCAGCCCAGGGUGGAGGGGGAGGAUGGAGAGAGGGGGAGAGGCGGGGCUGGCUGGGGCACAGGGUGGCUAGGGGAUAAAUGCCCAGCCUGAGAGGGGGUGAGCUGACACUGUCCCAGCUGCCACCUAGACUCGGAGCUCACCCCGACCCCCUAGCGAAGACGCCCCAGGUCUGCCAUGGCCAUGCAGAAGAUCUUUGCCCGGGAAAUCCUGGACUCCAGGGGCAACCCCACAGUAGAGGUGGACCUGCAUACGGCCAAGGGCCGAUUCCGAGCAGCUGUGCCCAGCGGAGCUUCCACGGGUAUCUAUGAGGCCCUGGAACUGAGAGAUGGAGACAAAUCCCGCUACCUGGGGAAAGGUGUCCUGAAGGCCGUGGAACACAUCAACAAGACCCUAGGCCCCGCUCUGCUGGAAAAGAAACUAAGCGUCGUGGAUCAAGAAAAAGUUGACAAGUUUAUGAUCGAGCUGGAUGGGACUGAGAACAAGUCCAAGUUUGGGGCCAAUGCCAUCCUGGGCGUCUCCCUGGCCGUGUGCAAGGCUGGCGCAGCAGAGAAGGGGGUCCCGCUCUACCGGCACAUCGCAGACCUCGCCGGGAACCCGGACUUGGUCCUCCCGGUCCCUGCCUUCAACGUGAUCAAUGGGGGCUCCCAUGCUGGAAACAAGCUGGCCAUGCAGGAGUUUAUGAUCCUGCCCGUGGGAGCCAGCUCCUUCAAGGAAGCUAUGCGCAUCGGCGCUGAGGUCUACCACCACCUCAAGGGGGUCAUCAAGGCCAAGUACGGGAAGGAUGCCACCAACGUGGGUGACGAGGGUGGCUUUGCACCCAACAUCCUGGAGAACAAUGAGGCCCUGGAGCUGCUGAAGACCGCCAUCCAGGCGGCCGGCUACCCCGACAAGGUGGUCAUUGGCAUGGACGUGGCGGCGUCCGAGUUCUAUCGCAACGGGAAGUACGACCUCGACUUCAAGUCCCCGGAUGACCCCGCGCGGCACAUCACUGGGGAGAAGCUGGGGGACCUGUAUAAGAACUUCAUCAAGAACUACCCUGUGGUCUCCAUCGAGGACCCCUUUGACCAGGAUGACUGGGCCACCUGGACCUCAUUCCUCUCGGGGGUGAACAUCCAGAUCGUGGGGGAUGACCUCACCGUCACCAACCCCAAGAGGAUUGCCCAGGCCGUUGAGAAGAAGGCCUGCAACUGCUUGCUGCUGAAGGUCAACCAGAUUGGCUCAGUGACCGAGUCCAUCCAGGCUUGCAAACUGGCUCAGUCUAACGGCUGGGGGGUGAUGGUGAGCCACCGCUCCGGGGAGACUGAGGACACGUUCAUCGCCGACCUCGUUGUGGGGCUCUGCACGGGCCAGAUCAAGACUGGUGCUCCUUGCCGCUCAGAGCGUCUGGCCAAGUACAACCAGCUCAUGAGGAUCGAGGAGGCGCUUGGGGACAAGGCUGUCUUUGCGGGACGCAAGUUCCGUAACCCGAAGGCCAAAUGAGAAGCUGCAGGCCCCAAGACCCCACAGGACCCAUCUAGGCCUUCAGGCCCUUCCCCGGGGGAAUAAACACUGGUGGCAAGCAAGA